CCUACAUAAAAACUACGCCACCUAGCGGUUUAAAUAUUUAUUUACAUUUUUCGUCCAACAUCUCUCUCAAAAACACGUAAAAUGACCCGGCACGCAAAGAAUUCCACUGCAGGGACAGUGUACACAUAUCAUGAAAGACAGAAAGACACUAAGACUUCAGGUUAUGGGUCGUUAAAAAUACGAAUGGGAAAGGAUUCGGUCAAGGAAUUCGAUUGUUGUUGCCUGACAUUACAACCUUGCAGGAAUCCAGUAGUGACACUGGACGGUUACCUGUUUGACAAGGAAGCCAUCCUUGAGUACAUCGUUCACCAGAAGAGGCAAAUCACCAAGAAGCAGAAGGAGUUUGCAAAGCAGAAAACAAAAUUGGAUCAAGAGCAAGCUGAGCUGACACGGGCUGAACAUGAAGGAAAAGUAAAGAGUUUCAUUGCAAAAGAGAGCAGUAUAAUGAGUAAACCGUUGGACCCUUUCAAAAAGGAUGCUGCAAAGCCAGGUUCAAGCAUUUGUAACAUGAAGGAGGGAAAAGAUAAAGACCUGCCCAGUUUCUGGGUGCCAAGUCUGACGCCACAGUCAAAACCAACACUUGUUAAAAAGCCUGAUGAAAGAGUGCGAUGCCCAAUGAGCGGGAAGCCACUCAAGAUGAAGGAUCUCAUCAAUGUGAAGUUUACACCGAUCAAGGAUGGUGAUACAAAGACGGCACUCAUCUCAAAACAUGACAGAUAUGUCUGCGCUGUUACGAAUGACGUCUUGGGAAACUCGGUGCCAUGCUGUGUUCUAAGAACAUCAGGAAAUGUUGUGACAAUGGAAUGCUAUGAGAAAAUCAUCAAAAAGGAUAUGCUGGAUCCUCUAAAUGGGGCGAAGAUGACCGAAAAAGAUGUGAUACCCCUUCAACGGGGUGCUACUGGUUUCUCUGGUUCUGGGUUGACUUUAGAGGCCAAGAAGGAUGGUCCGGGCCUACAGGGUUGAAGUUGAUACAACACACUUAUACUGACUUUAGAAGUCAAGGAGGAUGGUCCAGGCCUACUGAUGGUCUGGAAUACGAUUGCUCCAUCAUGUUAGGCAGAGAAAUAGGUUACUGCUGUCUUUAAUAAGUCCAGUCAAAGUAAUACUGUCUUCCUGUUAAAGACCAGUCCCAUAAGCAAGCCAUUCAGCUGCCACACUAUGUUGUUGGCGGAGAAUGGGAUUUUAGUUCUCUUAUUUAUCGCCAGAUGGCAUUGUGGUUGCUUUCACAAUGUGUGUUACGUUUCUGAGUCCUGUAAAUUUGGUGUCCUCAAACAAUCGCCAUGAUGAGUUGGUUAUGAGGCCUGGCAAUGUAGGUGUUGAGGCAAGGCUCAGCUUGACUUGGAUGAAAUCGAGACGAAAUUUUACUACCAGUUUUAAAGAGGUAAAUGAUGAAAUGAACCUCAUCAAACUGGUUUGUCUUGUAUAUUUACUGUAAAUUAUGUAAUUCUGUAAAUAGUUUUAUUCAAUAAAAGGCUAUAAAUGUGCA